ACAGAAACAAGCUAACUCCCGUAGGCAGCCAUGGCUGCCAGCGUCGCGGGCUGCUUCUUCUUCUUCUUCUUCUUUGCUGUGGUUCUAGCAACGGCGUCCAGCGGCGGCAGUGCUGCACUCGUUGAACAUACGUUCAUCGUGAGCCAGAUGAAGCUGAAUCACCUGUGCAACGAUACGCUCGUCACCGUGGUGAACGGGCAGCUCCCCGGCCCAGCUAUAGAGGUCACGGAAGGAGACUCUCUGGUUGUUCAUGUCGUCAACAAGUCGCCCCAUGGAGUAACAAUUCACUGGCAUGGAGUGAAGCAGCAACUGAAUUGCUGGGCUGAUGGGGCGGGGAUGAUCACUCAAUGCCCGAUCCAACCGAACAAGAACUUCACAUACCGUUUCGACGUGGCCGGGCAAGAGGGCACGCUGUGGUGGCACGCUCAUGUCACCUCCCUCCGUGUGACCGUCCAUGGCGCCCUCAUCAUCCGCCCAAGAUCCGGGCCGGACUCGUACCCGUUCCCCAAACCCGACAAGGAGAUCCCAAUUGUUAUAGAUCUCUUGACUGCAGGUGAAUGGUGGGAGACAGAUCCUUUCGAGUUGGAUAGGAGAUUCGCGAACAGUGACUUUGCCGAUGUGCCCCGUUCAUCUACCAUCAACGGAAAGCUUGGGGACCUUAAUACCUGUUCCGGGGUCACCGAAGACAAUUAUGUUCUUGAAGUGGAGCUUGGCAAGACGUAUCUUUUGCGGAUAGUAAACGCUGCGCUUCACCCACAGUACUACUUCAAGAUCGCCGGGCACACGUUCACGGUGGUGGCCGUCGAUGCCAACUAUGUCAAACCAUACAUGACGGACACCAUCGUGAUCGCAGCAGGCGAGACCGUCGAUGUGUUGGUCGUCGCCGCCGCCGCGCCUACGGGCGGCAGGUACUACAUGGUCGCACUGGGCAUCAUGUCAUUGGGGCCCCUCACCAAAACCCCGGUGUUCAUUUCACGCGGGGUCAUGUCCUACACCGCCAAUGCCUCGGGCAAAGGAACGUCAGAUGAUACUGGUCCGAUAAUGGUCCCUGAGAUGCCCGACUAUCGUGACGAAACCAUGUCGUUCUACUUCCAUGGCAACCUGACCAGCCUGCGGCCGGUGCCAGUGCCCGGAAACAUCGACGAGCGACUGCUCAUUGCCGUUGACACGGGGAGACUGUGCAGACAAGGUAGUGUGCCAUCACCACCAGCCUACUGCAUGGUGACCCGCAUGAACAACAUAUCAUUCCAGCUUCCGACGACAACGUCAUUGCUCCAAGCAUAUUACAAGAAGGAUAUCACGAUGAUCACCUCCCUCCGGGACUUCCCAAGCAGGCCACCACCAAGGAUAGUGUUCAACCGCGGCUACACGUCGAGAGGGGUGUCGGUGUGGAGGGUGCGCUACAACACCACGGUGGAGGUUGUGCUGCAGGGGCCGCCAACGCCAGCCAGCUACUCUAACCCCAUGCACCUCCAUGGCCACGACUUCUUCAUCCUAGCGCAGGGGCUCGGGAGAUACAACGCGGAGAAGGAUGUGUACGCGUACAACCUGGUUGAUCCGCCCGUGAGGAACAUGGCCCUCGUCCCCAUGUAUGGGUGGACUGUCAUCCGAUUCGUCACAACUAAUCCUGGGGUGUGGUUCUUGCACUGCCAUCUCGCACAACACGUGUCGUCGGGCAUGGCGAUGGCAUUCGUGGUGGAGAAUGGACCAACGACCGACACCACUCUUCCUCCGCCUCCCGCAGAUUAUCCAAGUUGUGAUGACCCAGAUGAUAAAGUGGGGUAUGAAUGAAUAAUGGAAAAUGAUGAACCUACAACUCAAAGUUCGAACAGAGUGCAUAUGAUGUUGGGACGCUGGAACUGGAUGCGGAUGAUUCCCACUCUACACCCUUCUUCUCGCCAUAGCAUGUCUAGCUGCCAAUGUAUCAUCUUUUCAUGUACGUCGUGAUCGUGGCACACUUGGAUUACUUUCUAAGUUUUUUGUUUCUCUAGCUACAACACUUGCAUCUCUCACUUGUUAGCUUAGCAGCUCUGAUUAGCUCGAUGGUCUUGAUUGUCGCUUGCUCACAUCUCUUACGUCAUGUUACUUGAUAUAUCAUAUCAAGCAAAAUCCAUGAGUAUCUACAAGCUUAUCA